AUGGUCUUCAUAUAUUAUCACUUAGGAUUUGCUGGUUUCAUUCUCUUAAUUCAAUUAUACUUACUAUGUAGAAUGUAUAGAAAGAAGAAUAUAACUAAUGCAUCAGCAAUAACACCAUCUAAUAUAAUGAAAACAGUUCCAACAAGUAGAACACAUCAUUCAACUCACAGAUCUUCAAAACAUUCUGCUUAAUCUGAUGAUCAUCACAUUAUCACAUUAUAAAAUACUCAACGUUUACAUAGAACACUUUAAAAAAAAGGAACAUUUACAAUAGAGUCAGUACCUGAAACCAAUUAAUAAGGUAGAAACAGUAUCAAAUCAAAUGCUGCAGUGUCUCCAGCUAGAAAUAUUCUUAAAACACCUACAUUAAUAAGAAAAAACUCUGGCUACCAAAUAAUUAAAACAAAUAAUAGAAUUGAAACUCAAUAAUUUCAUCAUCAUAUACCAAAUAAUUUACCUACUAUUCCAUCAUUAUAAGAAUUACCAGAUUCUGUUAGAUAAAGUGAAAUUCAAUUUUUAGGAGAAAUCAAAUAAAAUUAAGAUAAUAGAUAAAAUUAUUUUUAUAUUAAUACUGUUUAUAGAGUAUUAAUUAGAUGUGUAAUUUCUUAAGGAUUGAUUGGUUGUUUUUUACUUUUAGAAUUACAUCCUGCUUUAUGUGUAUUAAUUGAUUUAGUUGCUGUUUGGAUAUUUAGAUUUUUUCAAUCAAACAGGAAAUGGAUUCAAAUUCUAUAAUUAUUCAUUAGCUUUGGAUUUGACAUUUCUAUUCUCUUUUUAUUUUAAAUCGAUUUAACUUGGACCAUCUCCUUUAUUGUUCUUGCCUUUAUUGAUUCAAUUUUAGAAAUAAUAAUUCUUAAAACUUAAAGAUCUCAUUCUUAACAAACAAUUCAAACUCAAAACUGA